AUGUCGGCAGUCUAUCGGGCGGUAAUUUCAGCCGUUGAUAAGAAGGUUCCUGCUCGAAUCAAACCUUUAUGGGAUCAUCCUGCGGGACCUAAAACCAUAUUUUUCUGGGCGCCUACUUUCAAAUGGCUUCUUGUUAUAGCUGGUUUAGCAGAUAUUAACCGACCAGUCCAGAACGUCAGUUUAUACCAAAGCACAGCGCUUGCAGCAACAGGUCUCAUAUGGUCUCGGUAUUCUAUGGUUAUUAUCCCAAAAAAUUACAACCUUCUCAGUGUAAACGCCUUUGUUGCUCUAACUGGAUUAUAUCAACUAGCAAGAAUCGCUCAACUAGCUGACAUUUGGGGAAAACAGUUUAGAAGACAUUUUACGAUGCAUUCCUGAUGCUGAAAACAAGUUUCAAGCUGAAAGUUUUAAUUGACCCUAUGAAAGGCACUUGACCUUUUUAAAUGGUCAGUUCUCGAUCAGAUCUAAACCGUAUCUUUUGUGAAUGGGGACUUUAAAUUCUUGACACUUGUACUCAGUCUUUUCAGGAGUGAAAACCAAUGUCCCGUCCAAAUUGUCCAUUGGAUUUACCAAAAUUUAUCUCUGAUCUGAUUCUGCCCUUACGAUACGUUGAAGUCUGUUCUGCCGAGAACUGGCCGUCUUCGACAAACUGACUACUUACUGCAUUGAAUCCAAUAUCCUGAUGAUAAUGGCAUUACUUUUUUAAUUGAGUUAAUCUUUUCAAGAGGUAAUCUAUCUUGGUAUUCCGAUUUUGCUCUUCUCUCUUUAGGAGCUGCAUUGAUUGCUAGUUAAUAGAUCUUGCCCACGGACAUAAUUUAACUGUAUUCUGAGAUCCGGAAUAUUUUUCUGUUACAUGUUCUCUAAUUACAUUUAAAAGGUGAAUGUCUGUUAAGUGGGAGACCGAACAUUUCUGAACACCAC